AUGGUCUCCAAACUCAUCGCCAUUGUCGCCGGCGUCGGCCCAGGAACCGGGGCCUCAGUCGCCCGCAAAUUCUCCAAAGCCUACCCCGUCGUCCUCCUCGCCCGCAAGCCCGAAAACUUUGAAUCCCUCGCCGCCGAAAUCAACUCCUCCGGUGGGAAAGCACUCGGCAUCAGCACCGACGUGUCGUCCGUCGACAGUCUGAAGUCCGCCGUCGAAGCCAUCAAGAAAGAAUUCGGCAACGACGUCGCAGCUGCUGCCGCAAUCUUCAAUGCCUCGGGCCCGUUUAUGCGUAAGCCGUUCCUCGAAAUCCCGCCUGAGACGUUCGCGGCGAGUUUGAAUGUCAGUGCGAAUGGUGCGAUUCUGUUUAGUCAGAGUUUCUUGCCGUUGUUGUUGAAGGGGGUUGAGCUGAAGAGUGAGCACCCGCCGAGUUUGAUCUUCACCGGUGCGACGGCGAGUGUCAAGUCGAAUGCGCAGAUGGCGAGCUUUUCGACGGGCAAGUGGGCGUUGAGGGCACUGAGUCAGUCUCUGGCACGGGAGUUUGGACCGCAAGGGGUGCACGUUGCGCAUGCCAUUAUUGAUGGUGUGAUCGAUAUUCCGAGGACGAAGGAGUGGUUGAAGGAUAUGCCGCCUGAGGCUAAGUUGAGCGCUGAUGGGAUUGCGAAUGAUUACUGGUGGCUGCACACUCAGCCAGUGACUAACUUCACAUGGGAGAUUGAUCUCAGGCCGGCGAUUGAGAAAUGGUAA